AUGUACGCGCACAAGGCAAUCACAGACCGAAGAUCAAUUGAGCUGACAGAUCUUAGUCAAGCCAUUUAUUUCGAUGGCGCUUUGCCGGCAAGUAAGCGCGAGACCCGCCUCAGUCGACUUGAGAGCCAGAGGCGGAAGCUAGAGAUCUUUUGCGCAGCAACCAACUACGGAUUUCACGAACGCACAUCUUUCAGCUCCCCUCGGAGCAUAGGCCCGGAAACCGUUUUAUGCAGCCGACCCUUGCCUUCUAGAUGUAGUAAUGUUCCUAUCAAUCCAUUUAUCGUCCCCACGGUAUUUGAGGACCUAAAAUGCCGCUGGAGUGGCCAAAAUAUUGCAACUGCUCUUGGUGAAGCCCUGCCGUUAAUGUCGCCCAAUAGCGAUGUCUUUCUCUGGGCAGAUAUAACGACCAUGGUCCCUGGAGAAGCUGACACUUACUGUGCCCAUACAGCAAACCUUACGGGCAGCAGCGUACUUACAAAUGACUCGGAUCUUAUUCUGUACAACCUCGGAGAGUCCGGUUCUGUCAUCUUUCUAGACUCGGUCGAACUAAGCAAGUGGGACUCGAUCGAACCAUUGGAAUAUGAAAUAAGGGCCGCCGUACUGUACCCCUCUCGAGUUGCGCGUCGGCUGGGAAUAACCGACCUACUACCAUUAGCAUACGAAUUGAAGAACCAACCAGAUACUGGAUUGGUAGAGCUUCUGCAAAGGACGAAAUACGGCCAUGAAGGGGAAACCUACGACAAAUUCGCUGCAGAAUAUACAAAUGAUCCUUGCCGUUUGCAACCACAGCUCUUCAAAGUCCUCGAUACCAGGAUUUCAGAGUUAUAUUGGCAAUAUGUGAUGCGAGGAGAAUAUGCAGAUCGAGAUAACCCGCAAGUUUAUCUUCCGGUCCUCUUGGAGGACCAUACGAAGCGAUGCGCAUGGGCCAAGGGCCGCUCAUAUAGGAGUAUUGGGUACUCCAUCUUGAACCUUUCCCGGCCCACCAGUGAAAGGUACUGGUAUACAACUGAAUUUGUCCGGCGCGGCCAGCGGAUCACGGACGAUAGGAUACCACUUCAGGACCACAAUUCCGUUUCGGCCGAAAUGGAGUCACUCUGCGCUCGCGUGGACUCUCUGCGGGCCGGCUUUGAACGAGCGGGUAGUAGCCCGCGGGAAUUCUGGAAGAUAUUCGCAUUGCUAGAGUCGUACGGUCUAGAUAUCAAACUCACCCAACGUGAUGUCCAGAAAUUGGAAGAGUUUCUUGAACUUGGCUAUAUGGGUGAGCAGCUUGAGUGGGCGGACAUUCAUCUCACUGCGCAGAUCCAGGCUAUCCUGUAUUCUUUGCGGGUUUUGAAGCAACUUCUUGAACUAUCCAGCUCUGAUGAUGAUGUGUCCCUGAAGUUGAUGGCCACACUUGAACAGCUUCCACCGCUACACCUUAUGAUACAGUCCUCACAUCGAGGUGAAUGCGCAGACCAUGGUGCACGCAUUGAAUUGUCUACCAUUCUAGGAAGUAUGGUAAGAAGCCGGCAUCAUCCGUUAGAGAGUCGACAUGUCUCGACUAUACGAGGGUCACUGCGAUCUAUUACCCAAAAGGCGAAUGUCCGUCCACGCAAUCUAUCAAUCAACAUGUAUGAAAUUCUCGAUGAGCAAUGA